AUGAGACCUCAUGCAACCGCAACCAAUCACGACCACAACCACGACCACGACCAUCAUGCUGGUAAUCAAGGGACAUGGAUGAAGCCACAAUAUCACCCUUCUAACAACAAGCAUUCCUACUUCCUUCGUGCCAAGACGCCUCGAUUUCUAGGGUUUCAUGCAGGCGAAGAGGACGGGGAAUUCAAGAAGCCGUCCCCGGUGAAUAGAGUAGGCAUGGAUAGAGAGAGAGGCUCCUCUUUCUUGCCCUCUCCGCCAUCUAAAAACACACCGUUUGAGGACUACAUUAGCUUAAGCGAAGAGGAAGACCUAGCUAAUUGCCUCGUGAUGCUGUCGAACAAAUCCCACGCUCACGAGAAAGAGGAGAUGAGUAGUUUCAAAGGGAAGGAAGUAGAGGAAAAGAGCACCUUCCAAUGCAAAGCAUGCAAAAAAGUGUUCAAUUCCCACCAAGCAUUAGGGGGCCACAGAGCAAGCCACAAGAAAGUUAAGGGCUGUUUCGCUUCUAAGAACGAUAGCCUCAACGACCAAGACAACAACAUCAUCGACAAUCAAGACUCGAUUAUUCAAGAGAAUAAUAAUAAUAAUCAUCAAGAGGCGCCUCCACCGCCCGAGCAUGACACAACCCUCCUCUGCCCCUCGCCCUCCACUAGAAAGAGGAGCAAGAUGCACGAGUGCUCUGUCUGCUGUCGCGUCUUCUCCUCCGGCCAAGCCCUAGGCGGACACAAGCGAUGCCACUGGCUCACAACCUCCACAGACAACGCGUUCAUCCCAAAUUUCCAUGAUUUCCAAUAUGAUCACCGGAGCCAACAGCUCUGCAAGAAACCACUCUUCCCAAAACCACAUCAACAACACCACAAUAUUCUUGAUCAUGAUCAUCAACUCGAUCUCAAUCUCAACCUCCCUCCUGCACCACCGCAGCAUCAUCACAAACAUGAUGAUCCUAAUCAUUUUCUUGAUGCCAAGGAAGCUCGUGAGAACGAGGCAUCGACAAGAUUGUGCUUGCAUCAACCAAAACCUGGCGAAGAGGGGUGUGGGAUGAAGCUAAGGAAGCUAAGCGUUUUGAGAGAUGUGAACUUGGAUGGAGGGUGGUUGCACAUGGGCAUUCAUUCAACCACUGAGAUGAGUUAA